AUGACAACCAUCAAUCGUGUCGAACGCAUUGUGGAGGGAUUCGAUCCAGUGAAAAAUGGACUCGACGACGAUUUUGUGUUGACCAAGUUGACUGCAAUGAAGGGUUGCGGAUGUAAAGUUCCGAGAGACGUUCUUCUUCAAUUGUUGCAGACAUUCAAGACGGAUUUAGUCAUAAACAACGAUGAAGUUGAUAUUGGUCUCGAUAGCUGUGUUAUUCCACUUCGUCAUCCAGGUCUACGCCUUGUUCAAACUACCGAUUUCUUCUAUCCGCUUGUUGAUGACCCGUAUAUCAUGGGCCGUAUAACAUGCGCGAAUGUUCUCUCAGAUUUGUACGCCAUGGGAGUUUCAGAAUGUGAUAAUAUGCUAAUGCUUCUGGGAGUUGCUGUAGAACUGAAUGAACUUCAAAGAGACAUCAUUGUUCGUCUUUUUAUUCAAGGAUUCAAGGAUGCUGCAGAUGAAGCCAAUACAAAAAUUCGUGGUGGUCAGACAGUUCGAUGCCCCUGGUUGCUUCUUGGGGGUGUUGCAACUUCGGUUGUUCAUGAAUCAGAGAUCAUCAAAGUAGAUAGAGCGAUUCCUGGAGAUGUUCUUGUUCUAACGAAACCAAUCGGAGGACAAGUUGCAGUGAAUUCAUACGAAUGGAUCAAAAAGAAUAAUGGAAAGAUUGAAGAAUUGGGUCUCGAUACAGCUAAAAUUAAAAAAGCAUUCAAACAAGCAUGUGAACAAAUGAGUCGAUUAAAUAGAAAUGCUGCGAAACUUCUUCAUAAACACGAAGCUCACUCAUCAACAGAUGUUACUGGUUUCGGAUUACUCGGGCAUGCUGAAAACCUGUCUCGUGUUCAAAAACAACCGGUUGAGUUUUUGAUUGAAGAGCUUCCAAUAAUUGAAUAUAUGAAUGAAAUCGUUGAUCGAAUGAUUGAGACAGGAGGGGAAGGAUUCCGUUUAUAUGAAGGCCGUUCUGCUGAAACAAGUGGAGGACUCCUUAUUGCAAUGUCAGAAGAAAACGCGAAGAAUUAUAUCGCUGAACUCUCUUCUCUGGAUAAUGCUCCCGCAUGGAUUGUUGGUCGAGUUCUUGAGAAAACAGGAGAAAGUAUUGCCCGUAUCGUUCCAAAUGCUGCCCGCCGAUCUAUUACUUCUUCUUUUUAA